GCCAACUACUUGUGUUUCGGUCUGCAACCUGUGUGGUUCCAUGUUACCAAUAUUGGUCUCCACGCGGCAGCUUGCGUCCUGUUUACUCGAGUGUGUCUAUGUGUGGCGGGAUUAAAACCGCCAUUCGCCACCCUCGCUGGCUUGCUGUUUGCCGUGCACCCCAUCCAUACAGAAGCGGUGACGGGAAUUGUGGGUCGAGCAGAUGUCCUGGCCUGUGUGUUCUUCCUAGUUUCGCUUCUGGCAUAUCACGGACAACCCGAUGGAAGCUGUCAUAUUUGGACGUGUGUUAUUCUGGGGGGUCUAAGCAUGUUAGCUAAGGAAACUGGAGUGACGGUUUUUCUAUUAAAUUUGUCCUACGAUCUGUAUCGUAGUUGGCCGAAUAUAAAGAGGGCAAUAACUGAGGUGAAAUGGAGCCGCGAAACUAGAGACUUUGCCAAUAGGGCUGCCAAGAUUUUAAUUUCGCUCGGUGUGUUGCUAACAAUACGCUUAGCCCUUUUACAAGGAUCACUUCCGAAGUUUUCCCAACAAGACAACCCUACCGCUUUUCAUUCUUCAUUUUACGUGAGGAUACUCACGUUCUGCUACCUAGCGGCGUUUAAUUGGUGGCUUCUUUUGUGCCCGGCCACACUAUCGCACGACUGGCAGAUGGGUUCCGUUCCGUUGGUUACUUCUUUAAGUGAUUUACGCAAUGUAAUUACUUGCCUUUUCUUUGGAUGUGCAUUACUUUUAUCAAUAAGAAGCCUAAUGGAUUUUGAGGUAAUUUUGUUAGUGCUUUUGGCGAGUUUUUGGGAACUGUUUAUUAAAUCAGUAGAAAAGAAUGUAGGGAAAACGGUCAAUUGA